AAUACAAAUUAAUUCACGAAAAAAAAGUCUCGCGUGAAAUUUUUUAUUUCUCUCAAAAUUAUUACGAAGAAAAUCCUAAACUUUUAUUUUCCGCUAGGAAUAAAAAGUAGAAAAUAUGCGUCUAAUCAUUCGUUCCGAUUAUAAUGAAGUAUCAGAAUAUAUAUCAACUUAUGUCAAAAAUCGUAUCAACGAAUUUAAACCAACUAAAGAGCGUCCUUUUGUCCUCGGCUUACCAACUGGUUCUUCUCCGAUUGGUUUAUAUAAAAACUUGGUAAAGUAUCAUAAAAACGGAGAGUUGAGUUUUAAGCAUGUUGUUACCUUUAAUAUGGAUGAAUAUGUUGGUCUGCCUAGGGAUCAUCCGGAAAGUUAUCAUUCCUUUAUGUGGCAUCACCUAUUCAAACAUAUCGAUAUUGAACCGAGAAACGUAAACAUUCUUGAUGGUAAUGCCGAGAAUCUUAGUGAAGAAUGUGCUAGAUUUGAGAAAAAAAUAAAAGACAUUGGAGGUGUUGAAUUGUUCAUUGGAGGUAUUGGACCUGAUGGACAUAUUGCUUUCAAUGAACCUGGGUCAUCUUUAAUGUCAAGAACUCGUGUUAAGACUUUAGCUUACGAUACUAUCUUGGCGAAUUCAAGGUUCUUCGAUAAUGAUAUAAACAAAGUACCAAGGAUGGCUUUAACCGUUGGUGUUGGUACUGUUAUGGAUUCUCGCGAAGUUGCAGUUAUUAUAACUGGAGCACAUAAGGCGUUAGCUCUUGCCAAGUGUAUUGAAGAAGGUGUAAAUCACAUGUUUACCGUUUCGGCGAUUCAACUACACUCAAAAGCAUUAAUCGUUUGUGAUGAAGAUGCAACACUUGAAUUGCACGUUAAAACCGUGAAAUAUUUCAAGAGUAUUGAGCAUGUUAUUAAUAAUCUUAUCGGAGCUGAAAAUGUCGGUCUACAAGGUAAUAUUCAUUAAUAGAGCCUAAAUUAUCAUUUUUUGGGGAGAGGAAAGAUUUUUUUUAAUA